AAAAUUUUCUGAAUCGAACUAAGUGAAAUGGAUACGAAGCCUUGAAUAAUGCGAGUCGAGCCAAACUCAUGGUAACUCGUUUGGUUCACCUCUCACACGUCCACUAACAAGUCCACGACCAGGCCAGUUAACAAAGUAUAAGCGUAUAACCCUAACUAAGCUCUUUUGCUUUCAGUCGCACCUCUCUACUUCAUAAAUUUCACAAUCCUUGAGACUUUUGUGUUUUUCUUCUUUUUCUUUUUUUUUUUUUCUGAGACUAUUUGCCACCAUCAUCAUACCACAGCGGUUUGGGCUAGGAUAUUCAGGCAGCUUCAUGUGUUGGAGGGUUUUUUCGCCCAAUUUCUUCCCCUUUUAGCCGACGGCUUGGGGUUUCUCUCUUUCUCUUGCACUCGAUCUUUCUUUUCUUGCUCAGUUCUGAUUCUUGCUUGUUCUUCUCCGCCGGUUGUCAUCCAUUCUCUUGUUUUUCGGCCUCGAACUUUGGCAGCUGCAGGCUUCUCGUUUAUUCCUUGACACGAUCGGCUGUGACUUAGUGGAGUUAGGGCAACUAUCUCGUUUCUUGUCGAUUUGAUUAUAAUCGAAGAGAAGUGCUAGCAGUUUUGUCUCGCAUUCAUCUUUUAUGCUUGAGACGAUAUGGGUUUCGAUAUAGAAUGCAUAAUCGACAUUCAAACUUAUCCCGGGGAAUACUUCUGUCCUGUUUGCCGUACACUUGUGUAUCCAAGUGAAGCAUUUCAAACCCGAUGUCGUCACCUGUACUGCAAACCGUGCUUGGAAUACAUUGCCAAUGGCAGUAAGACCUGCCCUUAUGAUGAAUUUCUGGUGACCGAGUCGGAUUCUAAGCCAUUAAUGGAUUCCGAUAAAGCACUAGCUGAAAAUGUCGGCAAAGUUAAGGUCCGAUGUCUCUACUUCCGGAGUGGAUGCCCAUGGGAGGGGCCUCUCUCUGACUGCACAGCCCAUUGUUCUGGCUGUACGUUUGGAAACUCACCUGUAAUAUGCAACACAUGUGGUAUACAAAUCGUGCAUCGUCAAGUACACGAUCAUGCUAAGAGUUGUCUCGGAACACACGAAGGGCAACAAGCAGCUGGAGAUGUUUCUUCUGUUGCUAAAUCAGGAACAUCCUCAUCUUCUACUGUUGCAAAUCAGGCUGUUGUUCAAUCUGGGGCUUCAGUUUCCCAGGCCCAGAAUCCCCAAAAUGCCCCUGCUGCUACUCCUUUGCCUGGGCAAAACAACGUUCAGCCUCAGGGAAGUGCUGCCUUUCAGUCCCCAGCUGUUGCUCCUGUUGCUGCCGUGCCUACACACGAGCAGUGGUAUCAACAACAAUAUCAGCAGUAUUAUCAGCAAUAUCCAGGGUAUGACCCUUAUCAACAGUCCAAUCAGCAGUAUUAUUCUCUUCAGCAGCAACAGCCCGUUCAGCAGUACCAGCAGCAUCCGGCUCAAGUUCAUGGUCAGUACCAAUCUCAUGUAUACACUACUCAGCCCCAGCAACAGUCAUAUCCUGUUCCUCAGGCCCCUCAACAGCCUUAUACCCCACAAGCCCAAGCUCAAGCCCAAGCCCAAGCCCAAGCCCAAGCCCAAGCUCAAGCUCAAGCUCAAGCUCAAGCUCAAGCUCAUACAUUUCCUCAAACUCAGCCCAAUGUGGCAGUUCAAUCUCAGGGCCAGGCCCAGGGCCAGUUAUAUGCGCCUCCGAAUCAAACUUCCGUUCCGAACUAUCAAACCAAUCCGCAGCAACAAACUCAUCCUCAAUUUCGGCCCCACACUCAGAUUCCCACACAGACACUACCACCACCUCCUCAGAUUCAGCCCACUCACCCACAACAGCCAUAUGGGCCUCCGAAUCAAACUGUCGGUUUGCGGCCCACUGCCCAACAUAAUCAAUACCAGCAACCUCCAGUGCAGAUGCAUUAUCCUCAACCUUCUCAACCACAUUCGCAACAACCUCAAAUGCAGUCCCAAACCCAAGCACAGGUCCUAACACAACAUCCCCAAUCUACAAGCCAGUUGCAUGGUCAAAUCCAACCACAAGCACAACCUUAUCUUACUCAGUCCCAACCUCCUGUUUACCCUCAAGUCAACAACCAGUCAGCUCCAGUUGCCCUGCCACAGGCUCCUCAUCAGCCAGUUCCUCCUGUUAGUGGGCACCAGUCCUAUAUAAAUCCUCAGCUUCCCCAAAAGAUGCAUGCAGGAGCCCCACAGCAACACCCGAUGAACCCACAGUCUGCAAGUGGUUCACAACAUCCAGUUCAAUUACAUGGUCAAAUACCACAACAACAUGCACAGAUGCAGCCGCCUAUUCAUGGAUCAGUGCCCCAACAUCCGUCAACAUUGUUGGCACCACAAAAUCAGCAGUUUCCACCUUAUCCCCAACAUCGUCAUGUCACGCAGCCAGCUGUACAACCGAUGCCUCAGAAUUACACUCAACAGCAGCAGCCCUUGUUUUCUCAUCAGACGGGACAUCUUAUGCCACAACAGUCCAUGCAAAUGCAGAUGCACCCAUCAGGUCCUCCUCCUCCUGGCCCGCAACCUCAAAAUUUUGUUGGGAGGCCACUAAUGCCAAACCAGGGGAUACAUUCUCAAAACCAUCCUUAUCCGUCCAAUCAGGUUGGUGCCUCAAAUCACCCUGGACCUGCUCAACUCGCUUCAGCGCAGGCUCCUUUAAAUCAGAAUUAUGCAAAAUCUACUGUGUUGGAGCCAAAUUCUACUACCCAAGAAAUUAUAUCCGCGUCGAAGGUAGUGGUUGAAAAGGUAGGUGAGCUCCUGAAUGAGGAAAAAGUAGUCGCUGGGCAAAAUGGGGCUGUUGUCAAGGACACAGAGAGUGAUGCAGGUGUAAAUAAGUCUAUUAAGCAAAAUGAGAGUCAUGUUCAGGGUGCAGUGGAGCAAGCAUCUGAUGGGAAAUCCUUUGAAGAUGGAGCUGGAGAAGUUGGGUUGAAGAAAGAGGGGAAAGAAUCUGAAUCGUUGAAACAAAUGGACCUUGAGAAUCAGAAGUCGAUGUCGGCAAAUGAAGUUGCUACAGGUCCAUCCUCAACCAACUUGGAUGAGCAACCUCACACUGCUUUGCCUGCAUCUGGUGCGGAAGGGCAUGUAUUACCCCCUCAUGCUCAUUGUUCCCAACAGCAAAGGCCUCAAGGUCCAGGGAUUUUGUCUCAUCCUGGGCAAUCUCUUCUCUCGACUGAAGAAAGGGUGUCUGGUAAUUUUGGCCCUCCUAAUAGCUUUAAACGUCAGCCUGAUCCGCAAGGACCUGGACUUACUGAUCAACGAGGGAUCAUGGGAAGAGCGCCACCACUACAUUUUGAGGGUUAUGGUGGUGCACGUGAGGGGGCUGUUUUUUCUAAAACUCGUGCAGAUGAGUUAAGUUCGUUCAGAAUGGAUGGGUAUGCAGCUGCCGACCCGUCCAUUUCUCGAUCUAGGGAUGAACAGAAGGCCUUAUCGAGAGAACCUUUGAAUCCAUUUCCGAGGGAACCAAUGCACAAUGUUGAUCCAGCUGCAAGGUCUUUCGAUAAAACAGCACCCCGUGGACCAAUGUAUGAUGCUGUGCCAAAUUUUGGUCCUUUUGCUAUAGGUCCACACUCAGGAAACUACCCACAUCGUCCACCUGGCGUCCAUGGCCAUGCAGAUGUUUUUGGACCAGGCCAUGAAUUUGACCAACAUCGCAUGAAUCAUUUUUCUCGUGGAAGUCCUCAUAGAAAUUAUCGUGGCUCUUCUCCACAUGGAUUUGGUGGCCGCUCCAGUUUCCCUCGUGGUACCUCAGGUUUUGAUGAUACAAAAUUCAGGGAAGCACGCAGGUUUGGUGAGGGAUCCCAACCUUUCAACCAUCCUUCUGAUCCAGCUGGUAUUCCAUUUCAUGAUGGUCGAAUUCCACCCAUGUCUGGUCCAAUGCGAAGAGGCGACCUUGAUGGCCCAAGAAAUCCUAGGUUUGGUGAGCAUGUGGCGCCUGGCCAACAUCACAAUCAAAUGGGGAAUGAUGAUGGUUUUGGGCCAGAUGGGCCUGGCCAUCAAAUGAGGGGCAAAUUUUCUGGCUCAGGUUUUAUACCUGGUCACUUCCAUAUGAAUGAUCCUACUGGACCUGGUGCGUUCUCUGGUCGUGGACAUGCAGGAGAGUUUGGUGGUCCUGGGAAUUUUCCCCGUCUUCCUUUCAAUGAAUCUGUUAGAGGUGGCAGUCCGAACUUUUCUCGUUUUGGCGAGCCUCCCAUGAUGAACAACUAUUCUGGAUUCCAUGGUGGUGGAAGUUUUACAGGUGGCAUGGAUUCGUUUGACCACUCUAGGAAGAGGAAGCCUAUAAGCUGUGGGUGGUGCCGAAUCUGUGAGAUUGAUUGUGAAUCACUGGAAGGGUUGGACUUGCAUUCGCAGACGAGGGAACACCAGAAUAUGGCCAUGGAUAUAGUCAAAAGAAUCAAGCUGCAAAACAAAAGGCAUCAGAGAAAUAAUGCUGGCCGUAAGAUGAAUGAAGGUGGAAGCAGGAGUAGGAGGAUGGGCAUGGUUGGCCGAUGCUGCCUUUCUGAUGGGAAACAGUUUUCGAAGUGAAGUUUUUUGACAGUUAGAAACAGAAAAAUGGAUGAACUUAGCUGGAUGGUUAGCUCAAUAUUCAAUUGGGGGAACAAUCCUACAUGGAAUCCUCCUUGCUUGGUGAUCCAGUGGAAAGUGGAUUAAAUUAGUGAUGUAGUUGGCUUAAUUUUAUUUUAUUUUUUUCCUCAUUGUACUAUUUGAUUGUCACUGUAAAAACAAAUAUUUUUUUAACACAUUGUAAAUCAAAUAUUUUCAUGUUUUGUUCUUGCGGUUGUGGUUUUGGAAAUGCUAAAAUAGUUUUU